AUGGCGUCCAUCUUCAGCGAGACCGAAGUGACCGCGUCAGAAAUCAACUCCUCACCAGCGCAGUCUGCAAUCAUGGAGUCAUCGAGUAUCACGUCCGGGCUGCCAGACGACUACAUCGCCCAUCCGUUUACCAGUCUCAAAGACAACAUAACCGUGUCCGCCGUUUUGGCUGGGACGUCGAUGGAUGACAUCCUAUGGAGCGGGACCACGACUCUCAGGCCAAGCAGGAAAUCAGCCCAAGUGUGGCCUUCGCUCAUGGUUGAGACAGGAGUCUCUGAGUCCUUGACCAGGCUCCGACAAGACGCGCAAUGGCGUUUUCAGAACUCGGUAUGUUGCAAGAAAACCUCGGAAGAGAAUUGGUUCCGGAACCCAGACGAUUCAUACAAGUAUACGUACUCGGCCUGCUACCAGCGUGAGUACGGUAAAAAGAAAUACUGGAAGAUGAAGGAGAAGAAGGCAUUGGGUCAAACCAUGCCAAUUGAUGCGGGCGCGGCUAGCAGCGCCAAAGUCCGAGCUGAGAAGCUCAACAAUGCCAAGCAACGGGCACAUUGCAACAAGGCUAUACGGAAGAGGUCUGGAUCGAGACUCUAA